UCAUUUUAGAGCUUUCGCUCUGAAAACUGUCACUUAUUAGACGGGCUAUUCCCACUCUUCACUUGAUGGUGUAUUUUUAGAGACUGCAACAUGCUUUAAUUGGCAAACACAAACAUAUGUCCCGACUUUUUGCUUGUAAUAUAAUCAUGUUAAGGAAAAAGUCGAUGGACUUGGUUGAAAUUUAAUGUGUUAGCAGCAAGCACGACUACUAAUUUCGAAGUCGGUAGUAAUUGUAAAUGAUAUCUGGUGUCAAAGUUGGUGGCAAUUGUAAUUAAAAGGGGAUCUUGUGCUCUGAAUUUCCCCUGUAAUACGUCAAUAUGCCUCCAUGGUGGGGAAAGUCUUCAUCUAAAGAAGAAAAAAAGAAAACAAGCAAGGAGAGUUUCAUUGAUGCUAAUAAUCCUAAGCUUAAGAUCACAUCUGAUGAAAAAUCCACUAGCAGAUCAGGGGGUUCUCGAAGAAACCGUACUGGUGCUGUUUUGGAAAGGGGAUCUCUCUCUCGAGUCCCAUCACCCUCCCUGCUAGUAUCACGUUGCCAAAGUUUUGUAGAAAGGCCUCAUGCCCAACCACUUCCUCUUCCUUCAGGGCAUCAUGCUAAUGUUUUACGUACUAAUUCUGGAAUUAAUGCAUCAACAAGACCAGGAUUUGACAGAGGUUCAAAGCCAUCUCUGUUUCUACCCUUGCCGGAACCUGGACAAUUAGCUAAGAAACUGGAUCGUGUAGAUGGUGAGGGAGAUUUUGCUACUGCUUCUAUUUCUAGUGAUAGCUCUAUUGAUAGUGAUGACCCAUCUGAUUCCCGUAGCCCCCUAACUUCUGAUUAUGAGAAUGGACAGAGAACUGCAGCGAACAGUCCAUCUGGCACAAAGCACAUGGAUCAGUUGUCUUUUGUCAACCAGGACACCAAAGAGAUACUGAAGCCAGCUAAUGUAUCUUUUAAUAAUCAAUACCUGUCCACAUCACCUAAGCGAGGAUCGGCAAACAGUUGUGUGCAGAAUUUGCAGAUUCCUCAACAUGGUGCUUUCUCUAGUGCCCCAGACAGCUCAAUGUCGAGUCCUUCUAGAAGUCCAAUGAGAGCAUUUGGUCUUCAGCAAACUUGGAACUCUGGUGCUGGCACAGGAAAGCCUUUUUCUGACAUAGUUUUCCUGGGAUCCGGGCACUGCUCUAGUCCAGGUUCAGGCCAUAAUUCUGUUGGUGGAGAUAUGUCUGGACAGUUAUUUUGGCCACAAAGCAGGUGUAGCCCUGAGUGUUCUCCUAUACCUAGUCCUAGAAUGACAAGCCCUGGUCCCAGCUCUAGGAUACACAGCGGUGCCGUCACUCCUUUGCAUCCACAAGCAACAGGGACUGCUGCUGAAUCACCUACAAGUCGACCUGAUGAUGGGAAACAGAAAAGCCAUAGGUUGCCUCUUCCCCCAAUAACAAUAUCUAAUACUUGUCAGUUUUCUCCUGGGUAUUCUGCAGCAGCAUCUCCAUCGUUACCCCGAAGUCCUGGUAGGGCAGAAAACCCAACAAGCCCUUGCUCCCGCUGGAAGAAAGGACGAUUGCUGGGGAGGGGUACAUUUGGACAUGUCUAUCUUGGUUUUAACAGUGAAAGUGGGGAGAUGUGUGCAAUGAAGGAAGUGACCCUUUUUUCUGAUGAUGCCAAAUCAAAGGAAAGCGCUCAGCAGUUGGGACAGGAAAUUAUGCUGCUCGGUCACUUACGACAUCCAAAUAUAGUGCAAUAUUAUGGAUAUGAAACGGUAGAUGAUAAACUUUAUAUAUACUUGGAGUAUGUUUCUGGUGGCUCCAUCUAUAAACUUCUUCAAGAGUAUGGCCCAUUUGGUGAAAGUGCCAUUCGAAAUUAUACUCAACAAAUUUUGUCUGGGUUGGCUUACUUGCAUGCUAAAAAUACUGUUCAUAGAGACAUUAAAGGUGCAAACAUACUGGUUGACCCCAAUGGACGUGUGAAACUGGCUGAUUUUGGGAUGGCAAAGCAUAUUACGGGGUCAUCUUGUCCGCUAUCGUUCAAAGGAAGCCCCUAUUGGAUGGCACCUGAGGUUAUAAAGAACUCAAAUGGAUGUAACUUAGCUGUUGAUAUAUGGAGCCUUGGAUGCACUGUGUUGGAGAUGGCUACCACAAAACCGCCUUGGAGCCAGUAUGAAGGGGUUGCUGCAAUGUUCAAAAUUGGCAACAGUAAAGAGCUUCCAACAAUCCCUGAUAGUCUUUCAUAUGAGGGAAAGGACUUUGUGAGGCAGUGUUUACAAAGAAACCCGUUACAUCGCCCUACAGCAGCUUGGCUUCUAGAGCAUCCUUUUGUGAAAAAUGCAGCACCACUAGAAAGACCCAUUUUUAGUGCUGAUGCAUCAGAUUCAUCACCUGCAGUUGCAAAUGCAAUGAGAACACUGGGAAUUGGAAAUGCUAGAAAUUUUCCAUGCAUAGAUUCAGAAGGGACAGCUAGCAUUCCAUGCAGACCUUUGAAAACAGGAUUAGGAUCCAGUGAUGCCCAUUCGCCAAGGAACACGUCAUGCCCAGUAUCUCCCAUUGGCAGUCCUCUACUACAUCCAAGGUCACCGCAAAAUUUUAGCGGAAGGAUGUCCCCCUCUCCUAUAUCGAGCCCGCACGCUCUAUCCGGUUCAUCCACUCCUCUUACUGGUGGUAGUGGUGCCAUUCCAUUUCAUCACCAAAAUCAGCCAAUGACCUAUUUGCAUGAAGGUAAUGGAAUAAUUCCAAAACCCCAAAAUAGUUUCUAUGCAAGUGCUAGCAACCGUUAUCAAGAACCCAAGCCCAACAUGUUUCGAGGGAUUGCACAAGCUUCUAAUGUCUCUCAAGAAAUGAUUUCAUCAGAUACUGGUGCUUUUGGAAAACAGUAUGGAUGGCCUGGGCAUGGGGAUCAUAGGGAACUCUAUGAUGGACGGGCAAUCCUGGCUGAUCAUGUGUCUCAACAACUUUUGAGGGACCAUGUGAAGCCGAAACCAGUGCUGGACCUUAAUCCAGGUUCUUCGAUGCUAGGUUGAAAUGGAGGAAUAUAGUAUGCUCUGGAAAUCUGUCAAGUUUCAUUCCUUAACUUUACGGGCAUAAGUUCAAUUUUCCUUGGAGAUAAUUCAUGCUUCUUUAUGGAAGUUUUAACAGAAGAUAUUAGCCUGAUGUUAUUGGAGGCUGGAUACUAGCUGCAUUCAUAAAAUCUCCAAUGGUGUCGAAGACUCUUUUGGCUUGUAUUUCACCAUCAUAUUAGGCAUUCUAUUGUCACUCGAGGGUAGUAGACCGUGCAGAAUGGAGGCAAAGUUC